AUGCCGCAAUAUCUCUCCUCUCCAACCCAUUCCCUCACCGUCCCCUCCAUCUACGACGGCACGCAGCUUGCUUGCCGAAUCUAUCUCCCGCAGCAAUUAUUGAACCCGAACGUAUCAUCUCAAUGGCGCGUACGAGGAGCCAUCGUCGCACACCCCUAUGCUUCGCUCGGCGGUUGCUAUGACGAUCCGGUUGUGAGCUUCAUCGGGGGAGAGCUCCUUGAAGCGGGCUAUGUGGUUGGCACCUUUAAUUUCCGCGGUGCGGGUGAUUCUCAUGGGCGCACUAGCUGGACAGCGAAGCCCGAAUUGGCUGAUUAUGUCUCCGUUUAUGGAUUCAUGAUGCUCUAUCUGCGAUGCUUGAAGCUGGAACUUACGCAUCAAUCGGAUGAAAAGGGUACCGAAGAAGGGAUCCACCUCAUACUUGGUGGUUACUCGUACGGAUCUUUAGUCGCUUCUCAUCUUCCAGAAAGCGAAGUGGUUGCGGACGUCUUCAAGAAUGCAAUCCAGCACACUCCAGCCCAUAAAAUAUUCCUCACCGCGAAGGCCAUCUGCGCAUCGUCGAGAGACGAGAUACCGCAGUUAAAUUCAUCAACGAAUCUAGAUGCGGCCAAUCUGGGCCAGGAAGCAAGGCCGUUGUUACAAUCGUGUGGCACAACGAUAUCAUACCUUCUUGUUUCACCGCUCCUCCCCCCGAUCAACCUAUUACUGACACUAUUUCUCGAUCUGUCGCUCGAAGUGCACACCCAAGCGUCGGGGCAACGGAGACAGAUCCCUUGCCCUAAGCCAACAGACCAGCUACGUGCACAUGAAACUCUAGCUAUCUACGGAGAUGAAGACACCUUCACUUCCGUAAGCAAGUUACGCAAAUGGUCAGGCGAGCUGAGCGGCGUCUCUCAGAGCCAGUUUCAAUCAAAAGAGAUCGAAGGAGCGGGUCAUUUCUGGCGAGAAGAUGGUGUAGAGCAGCAAGCAAGACGGGCUUUGCGGCUGUGGUUGCGCCAACACCCUGAUUAG